AUCAUGACUUCCUAAAUUGUUGCCCGAAAAUUCAUUUUUAUUAUAGAUAUUCAUACAAAACAUAUAUAUAUAUAUAUAUAUGUAUAUAUAUAUAUAUAUUAUUUAUAUCUAUAUAUAUUAUUUCAGAGGGAGAGAGAGAGAGAGAGAGAAAUCCAAUUCCCAAACGCGAGCUCGAGAAAUCGUCUGCUUGUUGGAGAAAUUAUCAUCCAAAUCUCUGGUCGCUUUGCGCAUGGAUGAUUCUUCCGAUCAAGAAAAGGGCGUCAAUUCCUCGUCGUAUCAUCAAGAAUGGAGGGACGAUCUUUUGGCACGCAGAGCGCAGGAAUCGCUUAAGAAAAAACUGGUUCUUGAAGAUGAUUUCGCGUGGGGAGUGCCCUCGCAAGGUUUGGCAUCCGGGGAUGGGUCAACGAGGGAGAAGCUCAAGUACAUCGGAGGAGUCGAUAUAAGUUUCUUAAAGAAGGAUCCUUCGGUGUCGUGCGGUGCUCUUGUGGUGCUGGAUGCUGAUACUAUGGACGUUGUGCACGAAGAGUUUGAGGUUACCCGUCUGCAGGUUCCGUAUGUUCCUGGCUUUCUUGCAUUCAGAGAGGCUCCAAUGCUUCUGGGGCUUCUGAACAAAAUGAAAGCAAAUGCUCAUCCUUACUAUCCUCAGUUACUGAUGGUUGAUGGCAAUGGAUUGCUUCAUCCUCGAGGUCUUGGUCUAGCUUGUCAUCUUGGGAUCCUGGCUAAUCUUCCAACUAUUGGAAUCGGGAAAAAUGCAAUGCGAUCCAGUCUUGGGUCAUCAAAACCUAUUUAUGUGUCAAUUGGUCAUCGGAUAUCACUUGAUUCUGCCAUUAGCACCGUCAAAACAUGCUGCAAAUAUCGCAUUCCUGAGCCAAUUCGACAGGCUGAUAUAAGAUCCAAGAUGUUCCUUCAGAAGUUCAAAGGACUGUAGACCUUGGUCAUAAGUUGGACACAAGGCCAUCUAUCUAUCAGAGGCAUCAACAAGAGGGCAUGAAGACCUAAGCUUAGAGGGAGCUUUUUCCAACAUGAAGGCUUAGCUCAAUAGGACCUUUUCUUGUUCGACAAUGACGAUGCAAUGAUUAUUUUGAUGUGAAGUCAUAGCUCAAAGGUAACUUUUAAGAUGAAUUUUCAGUUUGGUGGAUAAGCUCAAAUGAAAUACAUGGCAAUCAAGGGAAACUCCCAUCAAUCAAAGCUGAGUCAGUUGCUGCUGUUCAUGAUCAUAUUAGCAGCAGGUUGUCAAUGUUCUUCUUUAGCACUGUGAGCAGUCAUUUUUGUUGUUAUUAUUAGUAUCACCAUAAAUGCAAAGAUGAGGAUGAAAAAGAGACA